UCCACACUCAGCCUCGCGGUGAGAUGCGGAGCAUUGAGCGCAAGACGGACGCAGCAUCAGCACCGGUUGUCUGGGCGGGAUGUACAGCAGUAAGCGAGACCGAGAUGGAGUGACGAGGACAGGGCAUUGUGGGCAGGAGCCAGCAGUGUGAGCCCAUAAGUCUUCCUGGCCUGUCCGUGUGAGUCCGGAAAAGGACACAGUGAUGGUCCAUGGGAGCAGGCGGCAAAGCUUCCCGGGCGGUACAGUAGACGACCUGAGGUAUUCUCCUGUGGGUGUUGGCUACGGACGGACUCGAGUGCUGGCAAGAAGACUGCAAUGCAACGCACCUGAGACCCGGAAAGGAAAUGUACAAUGGAGUCAUUGAGGAAAAACAGCAACCCUCCUUUUCAAAAGGAAUCCCAGUGCUGCGCUGUGGAGCACUAGAUUAAUGCCGGCAGCACACCGCUGCGUUGCCGGGAGUAGCAGGAGGACUGCCCAUGGAGAUUCCGCCUUCUCGAUGUUCCCUGUGCCCCUGACGCGGGCCAAGUAAACAGAAAUGCCGUCAAAGGUCAGCUGCUUCUACUUGUUGACGGUCGUUUGCUGGGCUAGCGCUCUCUGGUACCUGAGUCUGUCCCGCCCCUCCACCUCCUAUGUGGGCCAGCUGUCCAUCCCAAUCCGCCAGAAGACCAAGCUCAACAAGAACGUGACCGUUAGCAACAUACGGACUCGACCGCUGAACCCUCACGCCUUCGACUUUGUCAUCAACGAGCCCAAGAAGUGCGAGGCGGAGGCGCCUUUCUUGGUCAUCCUGAUCAGCACCACCCACAAGGAGUUUGACGCGCGCCAAGCAAUUCGAGAGACGUGGGGUGACGAGAGCACAUUCGGCGAUGGCCUCCGCGUCCUCACCCUCUUCCUGUUGGGUAGGAACAUGGACCCGGUGCUCAACCAAAUGGUCGAGCAGGAGAGUCAAAUCUUCCACGACGUCGUGGUGGAGGACUUCGUAGACUCCUACCACAACCUCACCCUGAAGACCCUGAUGGGCAUGCGCUGGGUGGCCACCUUCUGCCCCAAAGCUCAGUACGUCCUCAAGACGGACUCUGACAUCUUUGUCAACAUGGAGAACCUGGUCUACAACCUCCUUAAGCCCACCACCAAGCCACGGAGGCGCUACUUCACGGGCUACGUCAUCAAUGGGGGUCCCAUCAGAGACAUGCGCAGUAAGUGGUACAUGCCCAGGGACCUGUACCCCGAGGCCAAGUACCCGCCGUUCUGCUCCGGGACAGGGUACGUGUUCUCGGCCGACGUGGCUGAGCUUAUCUAUAAGACGUCGCUGCACACCAGGCUGCUCCACCUGGAGGACGUGUACGUGGGCCUGUGCCUUCGCAAGCUCGGCAUCCACCCUUUCCAGAACAGCGGAUUCAACCACUGGAAGAUGGCCUACAGUCUGUGCCGCUACCGGCGUGUCGUGACGGUCCAUCAGAUCUCCCCGGAGGAGAUGCACCGCAUCUGGAACGACAUGACCAGCAAAAAACACCUGAAGUGUUAGCCAGCGAGAGUCAGCGCCAACAUGAGGCGGCCCUGAACUUGUUCUUCUUUUUUUUAUCUGCUGCUGCUUAUUUUUCUUCUCAUGCUCCUUUUUCUCUCCUCCUCCUCCACCCCCCCCCCCCUCUUAGUUUUUUCUUGUCACUGUACAGCACAAGGCACUGUGGGAAAAGAUCUAGAACCAUAACAGUCCGUCUGUUUGCACAGUCCCAGGGACGCUUCACCAGAAGCCUCUUUUAUAUCAUACCAAGGUUACUCUCUGCUGUUGUAACUUUAUCAGUCUCACACUUAGCUAUGGAUGAGUGAAAAGCUAUAGAUAAUUGUAAUGCUGUUUAUGAGUGUAAAGCUGUAGAGUUUAAGGCAAACAUUUGGAUUAAAUGUAUCAGUGAAAAUGUGCUAAUGUAAGGCUGCCAAACAAUUUAAAUAAUUACUUGCUGGCUCAAAUUAUGCCCUAAAGAAAUAUUUAUUAAUUAAUUUAAAAAGCACUGCAUUUAGUUAUUGGCGGGGGUACUAUGCUUUGAUUGUAAGAGACAUAAACACACAAUAGUCCUUAAUGUUAUUAUUGCUAUAUCAUUUACCAGGAUUACACAUAAAUCCCUGUAACAUUCAUAUAACGUUAAUGCUCUCCAAGAUUAAUUAGGGGGACUUAUUAAUGUUCACUUAUGUUUUUCUGUCCUACUGGGGACCAUAAACCCAGAAAUCAACUUUCCAUAGCCCCUUAUCCUUCCCCUAACCCUACUGUUUACAUAACCCAAAGCUUAACCUCAAUAACCUAUCUGCAAUGCCUAAACCUGAAAAUAACCCAAAUUCUAACAUUAUGCCCAAUUCAAUGUUUUUCCCUGGACCUAACCCCUGAGUUGUAAGUCAAAUUUGUUUUAGCGAGGACUGGCCAAAAAAAACUUCUGGGGACCAAUUUGUCAGGUUAAGCCGAGCCAGGAACAGUACAGAGUUUGGCACACAUAUUAAGCAGUGGGCCAAUGUGGAAAAAAAGUCUCCUUGGACACAAUUUAACAAAGAGCUUUUAAAUCUGUUGAAAACUGAAUACAAUAUCAGAACAUCAACCAUGUCUGAAUUCAUCUACAGCAUUCCACAAUUUAUCUGUGUCCUUCAACAUAAACAUAAAUAGAUUUGGGAUAAUUUGUCUAAAACGUUCUGCCUGAGAGCUACUACAAAAAUGAUAGCCCAAUGGAAAUUGCAGUUCAAUCAAGAAGGGGCAUUCAGCCAAGACACUGUAAACAUAAUUUUGGCUAGUUAGCUAACUUGCUACUUCUGUCGGCUACACGUUGUAUUUUUGCUGAUAAUGCCAAGGAAUGUAUUUAUUAUGGUCAAACUUCGUGUAAAUGUUUCUUCAAAGCUGUUGCUGAAAGCGGUGUGCAUUCGUGGAUGUUUGAGCACCACAACAGAGACAGACAACGCUGCCUCAGCCACCAAGAGACAGAGCCCACGCUGCAGUGUUGUGUGCUGCAAUUUUAAUGGUCCGGGUACAAACAUGUCCGCUUAAAUACAGUAGGUUCCAUGUGGUGAAGAAAUGUUGAAACGUGAUUGAAAAAGUCAAUUUUUAUGCGUUUGCUUACAACAGCCCUAGAUUUGUAUGGUUCGUUGGUUUUACCUAGCCAGAUGUCAAAAAGUCUAUAGGCCUAUAUUCUGAAAUGUCUUGGAUUAAAACGUAUCAAGGUUUAAUUAGAAUGGAAUACCUUGCCACAGUGCAUGAUUGUGUACACAACGAAAUGACUGAAACACUGGCGUCUAUAAUGCUACUACGCCUAUAGACUCUGUGCACCAGUGUAGUGAGGAACUUCCGCUUUUGUCUAGAAGUCUGCAUUGCAGUUUCCG